CAUCGCACCAAUUCAUGAGAGUUCCAGCUGAAACCCCUCAUUUAUCAAGGGGUUUUGAAUUCAACACUAAGGGACUUCUUUAACGGGGAAUAGAGAAUUAGUUGGAAAGAGAGGGGAGUUGUUCAAGGAAGGAGUCUUUCAAGGAGAUACAAACAUAAAAAGGACAAAAAUAAAAAAACAUGAGUGAAAGGAGGAUAAAAAUACUCCCUGAUCUCUCCAAUCUCAGUCACUCCUAACCAAAGAACCUGCCUCUUCACUAACAAAUCUCACCUCCUAUGUCAUGCAACUCUUAUGCCUGUCUGGAUCAAUAGGCCUUUGUCAGGAUCACUAACAAAUCAGCAUGGAAGGUUGUAUCUGUUCUGAUUUCACGUAUAGAAGAUCAUAAAACACCCCAACUCGAUUAUUUUCUUGAUGAAAUUGUGCAUCUUGAGCAGCCCAAGUGUUCUUUUAUGGUGCACUAUAAUAAGGCAUGACAGAAAUUUAUUCGUGGAGGACUAUAAAGAGAUGAAUAGGAGCUUUAAAAUAUAUUGUUAUCCUCAUAAGCGAGAUGAUCCCUUUGCAAAUGCUCUCUUGCCAGUGGAUUUUGAACCUGGUGGUAAUUAUGCCAGUGAAAGUUACUUUAAGAAGGUUCUUAUGAAAAGUCAUUUCAUCACAAAGGAUCCAUCCAAGGCAGAUCUCUUCUUUCUGCCUUUCUCUAUUGCAAGAUUGAGGCACGACCCAAGGGUAGGUGUUGGAGGUAUCCAAGAUUUUAUCAGAGAUUACAUCUUUAACAUCAGUCAGAACUACCCUUACUGGAAUCAGACUGGUGGGGCUGAUCAUUUUUAUGUUGCUUGUCACUCUAUUGGACGGUCAGCCAUGGAGAAAGCAGAUGAAGUAAAGUUAAAUGCCAUUCAAGUUGUAUGCUCUUCAAGCUAUUUUCUAUCUGGAUACAUUGCCCACAAGGACGCAUCACUGCCACAAAUUUGGCCAAGACAAGGAGAUCCUCCUGAUCUUGCUUCGUCUGAAAGAAAAAAACUGGCAUUCUUUGCUGGAUCAAUCAACUCCCCUGUCCGUGAAAGGCUACUUCAAGUAUGGAGAAAUGAUUCUGAGAUCUCUGUCCACUUUGGCCGGCUCACAACACCUUAUGCUGACGAGCUUCUUGGAAGCAAGUUCUGCCUCCAUGUCAAAGGCUUUGAAAUAAACACAGCUCGAAUUGCAGAUUCACUAUAUUAUGGUUGUGUCCCAGUGAUCAUUGCCAAUCACUAUGAUCUCCCAUUUGCUGACAUACUAAACUGGAAGAGCUUCUCAAUUGUCGUUGCCACCUUGGAUAUCCCAUUGCUUAAACAAGUCCUUAAGGGGAUAAGCCUGGAUGAAUACUUGAUGUUACAGAGUAACGUAUUGAAGGUGCGAAACCAUUUCCAGUGGCAUGUUUCUCCAGUUGAUUAUGACGCGUUUUACAUGGUUAUGUAUGAGUUGUGGCUCCGGAGAAGUUCUGUGAGGGUUCCUUUAAGUACUCCAAUGGAUCCUAUUCAUUGAUUGCAUUGGUGUAGUGUUAGGAUAAUAAAUUUUGUCACUUUUCUACCAAUAAAACAGCUUGUUCUAGAUGGUGUUUCACUCAAAUUUUGACCUUGUGUUGUAAUCCCUUUGUUGUGAAUAUUUUUCUCUAUUUUGCUUUUCAUUCCAAACACAUAUUUCAUCACUGAACAUGGAAUUUCUAGUAGUCCUAAAUGCGAAUUUUAAGGGUAAAAUGAAAUGUUUUACCCCAUCAUCUUGGA